AGAAGUUCCUAGAAUCCUCUGGCGUUUCUUCGCUAGUCUCUCUCUUUUUCCUUUUUCUUGGAUUCUCUCCAGUUUCAGAUGCAUUACGCCAUGAACGGUGAUGAUCCCGAGACGGAGAUGAUGGAUACAGACUCCUCCGAGACUUUCAUCCUCAACAAACCCAACACCGCCGGAGAUUUUCUCUCCGCUGCUCGGAGACUCGUCGAUCAAGGCGAGCCUUCACAAGCUCUCCAAGCGGUCGUGAUGGCGAUGAGAACCCAAGGAGGGGAUGAGGCGGUACUUCAGAUCCUGAACCGUACCCGUGAACUUUACAAGCGUAGAAUCCAAGAAACAACUAGUAUGGAUCAACUGGCUUCUAUAUUUGCAGAGUGUGCCAUUACAGAAGCACAGCCUCUUGGGCAUGAGUCAACAUCGAAAGACUCAUUUGGUACCAAAGAAACAGUUACAGCAGAUGCUCAUGGCAUAUCUAUUCUGGAAAAAAGCGGGAGGUCACAGAUCAUGCUCGAUGCCUUUGCUGAUGGAAGCAGCUUUAUCUGUCUGCAAUGCGGUGGUCUGGUGAGCAUCCAUAGGAGAGAUGAACACUAUGCUUACUGGUGUAGCAGUAUGUAAUACAACGAUGUUAUGUUGUUGACCAUGACAAGAGAAACUGCAGCAUACUGCCUUUGCUGUACUAUUUUGGUGUUAAUGAUUGUUGAUGCAAUGGGAGAUGCAUAUAACGCGUAAAAAUUGUCUUAACCUUGUAAUGCUUCUUGUGCUUAGUAAAACACUUACGAUAUUGUAUCAUGUCAUGUCACCCUCA